GCCACCUCCUGCUUGUGUGCGGCCAGCGGCCGGCCAUGCCGGGGGUGCGAGGCGGGUGUCCAGGCCCACCGGUCCCGGGCUGGCCAGGCGGGGAUGGCCACCGGGAGCCGUCGGGGAGCACAGCGGUGGGGCUGCUCCCGGCGCGGCGGGGGACGGCGGGACACCACAGUAAGAAACCAAGAUGUUCCAUAAGGAAAGGAUCCCUGCCCAGGACAAAUGAUGGAGCACCACGGAUAAGGGAGGAUCUCACCAAAGCAGUUUGCGCUCCUUUUACACGGGUCCACCAGAGAGCCCCACGCCAGCACAUCCAGCGCCCAUCAGCUUCCCUGGAGGGCACAGCACGACCUGAGACAGCUCCAGUUCAAUCAGCAGCCUCAGCGUAUCCAUGAGGAAAUACAGGGGAUGGGCCAGUGGUCUCAAUUGCACUUUUGGAGCCGUUAUUGUUUAACUGGGUUCCCCACUGAAGGGUGAGACAUGCAAUAGGAGCCAGCGCUUCCCACCAAAGAGCGAACCUCGGUCGUGCCACACAGCCCAAGGUGCCGCAGGAGUGACAGGACAUGUGCCGCAUCGGCUGCCUCCUCUCGGGACUCCUCUUCAUCCUCAGCACGACCAGCACAGACGGCUUUGCCCGGGCAGGCCGGAGAGUCUGUGCCGCGGUGCCGCAGAGCCGGACGGCCGCCUACACCGAGUCCCACGUCCAGCCCGUGUACCAGCCCUACCUCACCACCUGCCAGGGCCACCGCCUCUGCAGCACCUACAGGACCAUCUACAGGGUUGCCUACCGGCAGGCGUACAGGCAGCUGCCCCAGCCUGUGGCCUCGUGCUGUCCUGGCUGGAGCAGAGCGAACAGCCACACGCUCAGCUGCAACAGAGCUCUCUGCUGGGUGCCGUGCCAGAACGGCGGGAGCUGCACCUUCCCCGGCAGAUGCGCCUGCCCGCCCGGCUGGACGGGGCGAGCCUGCCAGACAGGGCAGCGAUGGCUGAUGGUCUGGCCAGGAAAAGACGGGAAUCUCGGCUCGAAGCUCGGCUCGCAGGGGAGCUCUGACCUCCCUUUGGCUGUGUCGCUGCUCCAGCCCUCACGUGCAGCCCUGGCAUCCACUUUUUCUCCCCGCUGUUGCUCCACGCUGGGCGCCUCCUCACCCCCCCGUCCUCACCGAGCCGUACCUGUGGUUUCAGACGUGGAUGAGUGUGCCGGCCAGAGCCACGGGUGCGGUCAGCUCUGCAUCAACACGGCUGGGAGCUACCGCUGCACCUGCCAGGACGGCUUCAGCCUCGCUGCCGACAACAAAGCGUGCCAGCCCCUGGCGCCAGCCCCCGGGCCAGAAACCUUCAGCCAAGCAGAUCCCCCCAGUGAAAUGAAGGAAGAAAUGAAAGACCUGAAGAGCAGAGUGGAAGCGCUGGAGCAGAAACUCCAGUUGGUGCUAGCCCCCUUCCACAACCUCAUGCCAUCUGCACCGGAGGAUGUCGGCGCAGACCCCAUCAGCCGGCUGUCCCACUCCCUCCAGCAACUGGACAGAAUCGACUCCCUGAGUGAGCAGAUCUCCUUCCUCGAGGAGCGGUUGGAGACAUGUUCCUGCAAGAAUGAACUCUAGCCAAGCGCCUGAGGAAUUGGAGCAAGCCGAGGGCAUCCACAGCUCUUAUCUCCCUCUCCAGCCCCAGGCUGGGGAUGAAGCCACAUCACCUACAGGAAGGCAGAGGGCAGCAGGAGAAGGCUUGUUCCCCACCAGCAUCUCCAUCAUUCAGUCUUCUAACUCACCUUAUCAAAGGUCACGCAGUUACUUCCAAACUGGACGCUGAGCCCUCAGCAUCUUGCCCCCCUCCUGCUGGAGGGGCAGAAAAUAAAUGCCUUACCUCGUGCCAUUAGUGCCUGUCUGGCUGUGCCAGAGACUGGCUGUACGUGAA